CAAAAAAUACGGGGUAAAAUGGGUAAUUGAGAUUCUAUUCCAUUUCCAUAAACACCAGAACCUUAUAUUACCGAUCUCAACAUAAACCGCACUGUCUGCACACAAUAAUCAUCUCCUUCAUCACAGUCUUUCAACGAUCCUCACAAAAUGCUAGCUGUUUUCGACAAAUCUGUUGCAAAGAGCCCAGAGGGUCUCCAAAGCCCUCAGUCAAACUCUGUUUCAGCCUUGAAAGAUGGGUUUCUCGCACAACACUUCUCAUCCGAGUUCCCUGGCUCUGUCACCGUUAACCUUGGUUCUUCCGGUGUCUUGGCCUAUUCUCUUAAUCAGCAGAACUUUCUCCUCCCAAGGCUGUUCGCGGUUGUGGAUGACAUUUUCUGCUUGUUUCAAGGCCACCUUGAGAAUGUUGCUAAUCUUAAGCAACAAUAUGGAUUGAACAAAACUGCAAAUGAAGUGAUCAUUGUCAUAGAAGCGUACAGAACUCUAAGAGACCGUGGUCCCUAUCCUGCUUCUCAGGUCGUGAGAGAUUUUCAAGGAAAAUUUGCAUUUAUUCUGUUUGACAGUGGCUCUAAAAAUGCAUUUAUUUCUGCGGAUGCUGAUGGGAAUGUUCCCUUCUUCUGGGGAACUGAUGCUGAUGGAAAUCUUGUUCUUUCAGAUGAGACAGAUAUUGUAACUAAGAGCUGUGGGAAAUCUUAUGCACCAUUCCCAAAAGGAUGUUUCUUUACAACAUCUGGAGGUUUGAGCAGUUUUGAGCAUCCACUUAAUGAAUUGAAGCCUGUACCAAGGGUUGACAGUUCUGGACAAGUAUGUGGUGCAACUUUCAAAGUGGAUGCAGAGGCUAAGAAGGAAUCAACUGGCAUGCCAAGGGUUGGCAGUGCUGCUAACUGGUCUAAUAAUAUCUGAUUGCAACUCCAUUUAUUUGAACUAAGACUUUUAUAUUUGUUAUAGCUGGAUUGAAUUUUCAAGUUUUGAUUAUCUGUUCUUAUGAUAUGAUAUUGAGGCAUCUGUUACCAUCUGAUAACUUGUGGCUCUACCGAGACUUCACUUAUCAUAUUAGUUUACUGAACUGAGAUAUGAUUUGAUGAAUUUACAAGUUGCCUGCAAGCAAUUACUGAGACCAUACUCUAUUGGCACAUAUCAUGUAAUAAUAUUGACUUGCACAUUGAUUCAUCUUAAAGUGAAGAUAACUUACUGCCUUUGCCUGAUUUCAUUUCA